AUGCAGCCGCCCUGGGGCUUCGCGCUGCCGCUGCUGCUCCCCUGGGUGGCAGGGGGACUAGGGAGCGCGGCCAGCCCAAGGAAUCACGGGCUCUCGCCACGGGCAGGCCAGCCUGGAGUCUGCCGCUAUGGAAGUAAACUGGCCUGCUGCCACGGCUGGAGAAGGAACAGCAAGGGAGGCUGUGAAGCCUCUUGUAUCCAUGGAUGCAAGUUUGGGGAGUGUGUGGGGCCCAACAAAUGCAAAUGCUUUCUGGGAUAUACUGGGAAAACCUGCAGUCAAGAUGUGAACGAGUGUGGCUUCAGCCCCCGGCCCUGCCCACACAGAUGUGUGAAUACUCAUGGCAGCUACAAGUGCUUUUGCCUCACCGGCUACAUGCUGAUGCCAGAUGCUACAUGUUCCAACUCCAGGACGUGCGCUGUGACGAACUGCCAAUACGGCUGUGAAGAGACAGAGGGAGGCCCUCGGUGCCUGUGUCCAUCCUCGGGACUCCGCCUGGCGCCCAAUGGAAGAGUCUGCACAGAUAUUGAUGAGUGUGCCUCUGGUGAAGCCAUCUGUCCCUACAAUCGAAGAUGUGUGAACACAUUUGGAAGUUACUACUGCAAAUGCCAUGUUGGUUUUGAGCUGAAAUAUAUCCGUGGGCGAUAUGACUGCGUAGACAGAAAUGAAUGUGCUGCGAAUACCCACACAUGCAGCUUCCAUGCCAAUUGCCUCAACACGCAAGGAUCCUUCAAGUGCAAAUGCAAGCAGGGCUAUAAAGGCAAUGGACUUCAGUGUUCUGUUAUCCCUGAGAAUUCUGUGAAGGAGUUCCACAGAGCGCCAGGGACCAUCAAAGACACAAUCAAGAAGCUGCUUGCUCACAAAAAGAGCAUGAGAAGGAAGGGAAAGAUGAAAAAUGUCAUCCCGGAGUGCACUGGGACUCCUCCCCCAAAGGGUAACUUGCAGCCAUUCAACCAUGAAGAGAGUGUUCAUCACAGCAGGAGCUCUACCGGAGCGAAAGGAGGGCCUGGGGAGAGAAAGGAAGAGGGCCUUGAGGAAGAGAGAAGAGCCGAGAAAGCCCUGAAGAACCAAGUACAUCGGGAGCAGAGCCUUCGAGGAGAUGUGUUUUCCCCUAAAGAUCAUGGAGCGGACGAAUUUGGUCUGGUUCUGGUCCGAGGAAAAACUGGAACGUCCAAACUGGAGCUCACAGAUUUAAAUAUCUCAGCUGACUGCAGCUUUGAUCACGGGGUCUGUGACUGGAGACAGGACUCAGAAGAUGAUUUUGAUUGGAAUCCUGCUGAUCGAGAGAAUGCGGUCGGCCACUAUUUGGCAGUUCCCGCCUUGGUGGGACACAAGAAGGACAUUGGCCGAUUGGAGCUCCUCCUCCCCAACCUGCAGCCCCAAAGCAAUUUCUGUUUGCUCUUUGAUUACCGGCUGGUGGGAGACAAAGUGGGGACGCUUCGAGUAUUUGUGAAAAGCAGUAGCAAUGCCCUGGCAUGGGAGGAGACAAAGAGUCAAGAUGAAAAGUGGAAGACGGGGAAAAUCCCAUUGUAUCAAGGAACAGAUCCUACCAAAAGUAUCAUUUUUGAAGCUGAACGAGGCAAGGGCCAGACCGGCGAGAUUGCAGUGGAUGGUGUCCUGCUGGUCUCGGGCUCAUGCCCAGGCAGCCUUCUUUCUGUGAAUGGUUGAAUGUUAUCGAUACCGUUUUAUAGCUUCAUAUUUGCCUUUUUAUGUCAUGUUUCUGUUUUUUAUAUUGCCUCAUAGACAUCCACCCUCCCUUUUAGAAAUAAAAACUGAAGAACAGAAACACACACAAAGGCAUAUAAUUCGAAGAUGCCUCUCUUGUAGAAGAUGGGCCAGUAUUUGCUUUAAAUACAGUGCCACUGUGUCUUCUCAUUGAAUCAACUCAAUGGUAGUGGGUGAAUAUCUUCUCAUUCAUUUCUGCAUUUAUAUAAUCUGGACAUGUUAAUUGAAUGCCCCACCCCGACCCACGGUCCUGUAUAUCUAUCUGAUUUAUCUCAAUAGGUGAUUAAUGUCUCGAUGCAACAUUUUUAGAAUUUAGAAUUACAAAAACAAAACAGAAAUAUUUCACUGUUUCACUUUUAUGGAAAUCCUUGGAAACUAUGACAUCAGAUAACCUUGUAUACCUAAGCAGCUUAGCCUGACCUCUCAUAGCAUAUGUAAAUCCUUUGUCAUAAUAAUAUCCAAAGAAUCGUCUUGUGUCAUGGUUUACAUUUUGAAAGUAAGGAAAUCUGUUGGUUACUUGAGGUUUAAUUGUGUAUGGAUUGCUGGGAAAUGUGGUUUUUGCUCUUUCAUGUAUGGAUCUACUUUAUAGUCUUUCGGGAAAAGAAUAAUUUCCUAUGAUGGGAAAACAUGACUGAUUAAUUAGUCCUCACAGUUGCUAUGCAAAUGAGCACAAAUUGUUGAACUCAAGGCCUCAGAGAACUAGCUAGAACUAAAUUUGCAAGUGCUACAGCAAAGCAGCUCCCAAAUCAAUCCUGAGUCCUGGCCACUCAGGUGUGUCAGAGUCAAACACUGCUCCUAAGGUUUUCAAUGGCUGCUUUUCACUAGUGGUUCACCAGGCCUUUCUGCUAAUGCACUAUCAAGUCCGUUUUGACUCCUACUGACCCAGUGGCUCUAGGUAUAACAGAACAAAACACUGCCCAGUCCUGCGCCAGCCUCACAAUUGUUAUGUUUGAG